UGAACAAGAAAGAUCUUAUAGUAGUGUUCUCAAUAGUUUAGGUGUAAUUUAUGAUGGUAUUGGUAAUUUUGAAAAAGCAUUCGAUUAUUGUCAAAAAUCGAUGAAAAUAUUAGAAAAAUUAUCCUCUGAUGAUGACAGUGCUAAUGCGUAUAAUUAUGAAAUAUUUGCUAAUAUAUAUUUGUAUAAUGGUGAACAAAAACUGGCGUUAGAAUUUUAUAAAAAAUCAUUGAAUUUAUUUAAAAUUACACGUCCACAUGAUAGUUUAAGUAGAGAACGAGUAGAAAAGAAAUUAGUAAAUAUUAAUUCAGAACAAACAAAUUUGGAAAUAUAA